CUGGAAGGAAGGGAUGUUUCAGAUAUCAAGGGGGUUGCUAAUGGCUGACCUUUUGGCAGGAAGAGAUGGACUGUAAGGAAGCCUUGAUGGAGAUGGGACGAUGGCGAGGAAGCUUAGAUGAGAUGUUGGCUUUAGCAGAGUCGAUCAAACGGAAUAUCGAACACAGCGGUUGGGAAGAACGAAUGCGUAACCUGCUGGAUUAUAUCCAUCAGUUGGAUCGGGAAGCAACUAUUGAGACUGAAGUGUUGAAGGAGAUACAAGGUCACGGGAGCAGUGAAGUCAUAGACACAUCGCGAGAUCGCUUCCGGAAACGGAUAGAAGAAAUCGGUUGGGAACAGCCGAAUAAACGAGGCGAAGCGGCGGAUAGGAUAGAGGCUUUGCGAAUAAUCGAAAAAGCGAACACAACUGCUACUGUUCAGGUGGAGAGAAUUUAUUAUUCGAGAAAAGAUCCCUACACUAAGCAGGACAUCAAGGAUCCAGUGCAGAAUAAAAUCUGCAAGCAUGUUUAUGAUCGAGCAUCGGUGCUAGCUAAUAUUGGCGAAUGCAAGAAACGACGUCUGUUGUGUGAGUGCCCCGUUUCGGGUUGUACAAAUAAAAAGGCCUUAACAAUGACCGAUAUGGUGGCAUUCCCGAAAUUUUACGAUUGUCUUAAGGAUUAGUGUAUAUUUGAUGACGUUGCUCGUAUUUCUGACAUUUGCUUGGACAUGUCGUCUAAUUAAGGAAUUUGACGUUAUAAAAAUGAGGACUUUGUAGCUUUUAUAGUCCAUUUCUUGAUAACCAAAUAAUUAUGUCUUCAUCUACUACUAUCAUUUCACUACCAUUUUAUCCGGUACGUUGAUUUGCUAAAGUAAAUUUAUUUUGACAUGCUUUUCGAAAUGUUUUGUCAUAUUAUUCGUUAUUUGUCAUUUCUCGAAUUGCUUUUUCGUAUUUCACGGACGAUUCAGGUCUUUGACAAUGAAAACUCUCAUGAAAGGCGCUAUCCAGGUUGUUGUACUUGGUAGCUUUAAUAGUAUUAUAUUAUAUUUAACUGCUUAGAAUAUUACUGCAAGUUUUCGUUUCUGUCCUUCACGCGGAAAUUUUCGAAACGGGGAAAGGAUGCGUCCUUCAUGUCGACCUCAGAGUUUGG